CUAGAUUAUAAUCUUCCCCUUUGCAGAGAAUACAUUGAAGGACAGUGAGAAUGGGCUCUUCAAGAGUACUACUGUCCUUCGUUUUCUAUGGCAUCCUUAUGCACCUUGUUAAGCCCACCAUUGCUCAGCGAGAUCCCUACGUGCUCCACCAGUGUUCUACCAAUGGUAACGUUACCAGUAACAGUACCUACAGGGCAAACCUCAACAGCCUCUUUUCCUCCCUCUCUUCUAAAAACCAAAUCGAUAAUGGGUUCUACAAUUUCUCCGCCGGAGACAACUCCGACAAAGUUAACGCAGUUGCGCUUUGCAGAGGAGACCUCACGGCAAGUAACUGCCGUAGCUGUGUCAAUAUGUCUGCUCACGAGCUCUUAUUGUUAUGUCCAAACGAGAAGGAGGGCAUCAUGUGAUAUAUGAAUUGUACAGUACGAUUCUCCAACAACUCCAUAUUUGGUGUUAUGGAACUUGAGCCUAUGGACUAUCUAUACAGCUCGGCAAAUGUCUCCGACGUGAGUGGGACGUUCAAACAAGUUCUUCGGAGUUUACUGGAUAGCCUAAGAAGUAAAGCUGCAUCUGGUGACUCCAUUCGAAAGCUUGCAAUUGGAGCUGCCAACUCCACAUACUUUAAUAUAUAUGCACUCUUGCAGUGCACUCCUGACUUGGAAGAGCAAGAAUGCAUCAAUUGCCUAAAUCAGACCAUCGGAUUUCUUCCAGAGUGUUGUGAUGACGCGACAGGAGCGAGAGUUCUUACACCCAGCUGUAACUUAAGGUAUGAAGACUACAUGUUCUAUGACACUACUCCCGCUGUACGGCCGCCAUCAUCAUCGUCUCUUCCUCCUCCGCAGGGAGAAGGAAAGAAGAGUAACUCAUCUCGAACUAUAAUUAUAGUUGUGGUUGUUGUUGUUUUUGUGGUCUUAGUAAUUUGCAUAUGCGUCUAUAUCCAUUUAAGAGUGAAAAAGCGAAGGAAGAAAGUUGAAACUGUGGAUGAAAUAAUUAGUACUGAAUCAUUGCAAUUCGACUUUGCUACAAUUAGAGUUGCUACAGAGAAUUUUUCAGAUGCAAAUAAGCUUGGGCAAGGUGGAUUUGGUGUUGUUUACAAGGGUAUGCUCUCGAAUGGACAAGAAAUACCCGUGAAAAGGUUGUCUAGUGUUUCUGAACAAGGUGAUCAAGAAUUUAAGAAUGAGGUCUUGCUAAUGGCUAAGCUUCAACACCGUAAUUUAGUCAGGCUCUUAGGUUUCUGCUUGGAAGGAAAUGAAAGGCUUCUCAUCUAUGAGCUCAUGCCUAAUGCAAGCCUCAAUCACUUCCUUUUUGAUCCAAUCAAACGUUUGCAUUUGGAUUGGGAGAAGCGUUACAAAAUUAUAGUAGGCAUUGCUCGAGGGCUUCUUUAUCUUCACGAAGAUUCUCAAUUUCGUAUUAUUCAUCGUGAUCUCAAAACUAGCAACGUUCUAUUAGAUUCAGAGAUGAAUCCCAAAAUUGCAGAUUUUGGCAUGGCAAGAUUGUUUGUGCUAGAUCAAACUCAUGGAAAUACGAGAAGAAUCGUUGGAACUUAUGGAUAUAUGGCUCCAGAAUAUGCAAUGCAUGGACACUUUUCAAUAAAGUCUGAUGUCUUUAGCUUCGGUGUAUUAGUUCUAGAGAUGGUGUCUGGGCAGAAAAAUAGUUAUUUCCGUAUAGGAGAAAAUUUAGAAGAUCUUCUUAGUUAUGCAUGGCGAAAUUGGAGGGAAGGCACAGCAUCAAAUCUUAUCGAUCCCAUCUUGAGAGUUAGUUCAACAUCUGAAAUAAUGCGAUGCAUCCAUAUAGGAUUGCUAUGCGUUCAAGAAAAUGUAGGUGAUAGACCAACCAUGGCUUCCAUCGCUCUCAUGCUUAAUAGUUACUCAAUCACUUUAUUGGUGCCCUCACGGCCUGCAUUUUUUAUGCACACCACCGUUGAAUCAGACAUGUCAUCAGAUCGAUCAUUCCAAGCCUCAACAAAUGAGGCUUCAAUCAGUGAGUUAUAUCCUCGCUAGUGCUCGAUGGAAGUAACAAGAAUUUUUUGUUCAAGUCUUUGGAAAAUUCACUUGAGGUCCAUUUGGUUUAAAGGGCUAUGCAACAGGAGUUGAGUGUAUUGGAUUUAAGGCCCGGACCCAUGAGUCUAUUCGAUUGUCAUUCACCAUUACCUAUACUGCCUAUAAUCCGUGCUAUGGGUGAUUUUUUCAUAAAAAGUGUAUGCACCCAUGUAUGAAAUUGUUGGAAAGUUUUGGUGUAUUUAACAAUUUUAGCCACCUUAAAAUCAUUCAAAAUGUUAAAUUUUGGUCAUCGGAGAGAUAAUAUUCUUAUUUUUAUUGCAAUAUGUAACAUUUUUUCUUUAGUGUUAA